UUAAACGACAACGUUUCAUCGUUUUUCUUUUUCUCUUUUCUUCUUUUAGUUUUGACCAAUUAUAUUUUGGGUGAUUAAUUAUCAAAUUACUUAUUAAAAAGUUAAUUUAAAAGCCCACUGAUUAUCAUGCAUACAUGCUGUAUACGCCCCCUCCUUUUCUCCCGCAGUUCUUCCCUCUUUAUAUAAUCCAUGGUAUUGCUCUUCCUUCCCCUUCAAAGUCGAAGCUUUUUCUCUCUCACUUUUCUUCUCUCUUCUUUCUUUUUUCUCUUUUGUAAAGUUAGAAGCUGGUGCUGAUCUCCAGGACUAAAACUAUCAGUACUGAAUAAAGAGGAAGUUGGCAGAGAGAAAAAUUUAAAAAGAAAAGAAAAAUAUGUGUCAAGAAUGAAAAACCAUGAAGCUUUUUAGUGAGUGAGAGAGAGAGAGAGAGAAAAGUAGGUUAUCUUUAAUUGUGGGUGAGUGAUUACUGGUUUUUCUUUUUCUUGUUUUUUCAUGGGGAGUAGCAGAAAGACAAAUUCAUGCCUAAAACACCAGGGGGGGUUUAUGAGUACAUAGAUAUCUUUUUUUUAACCGUAAAUGGCAGAGCUUUUCUUCAUGUCUCUGUUGCUAUUCAUGUGUUUACUAUGAUGGGUUUUGAUUCUUCUUCUUGUUUUUUUCUGUACUAGCACCCAAAAUAAGAAAAAGGAAGAAAACUGAUUUUUUUUUUAAUGUAAUUUUUGACUUGUUUAUCUUCUUCAGUGUUUUAGCCAAUAGGUAAUGGAGGCUACAGAGAUUUAGGGACCAAUAUCUUUCAGUUUUCUAGACUGUGUGUUUGAGUAUAAGUUCUGCUUCUUCUUCUUCUUCUUCUUCUUCUUCUUCUUCUUCCUUCCUGGAUUCCUCUGCUAAAAAGAAAAUUGGAGUGCUGGGUUUAACUCAUUUUUGCAGAAAUUGAAGAUUAAUUACCAGAAAUAAUCCAAACAGUUAUGCUGAGGAAUAGAUCCAGAGCAGUGACCAGCAAGCAAGCUUUAAUGGCUGAUCAUCACAGUCCAACACCAUCACCCACAAAAAACUACACAACACCCAUUACUUCCUUCUUCAAUUCCCCAAGAUUCAAAGCUUUCACUGCUAAAACUCUCUUUGAAACCGAAUCCCUCAAAAGCCCAACUUCAAUUCUCGACAAACAAACACUCUUUCCUUUAAGCAACAAUCCUUUCUUGCAAGAUUCUCAACCUAAAUCCCCAAAAUCUGUUCCAGAUAAAUUUGAAAAACUAGACCCAAAAGGCAUUUGUCUAGCUCUCAUCGAUGACAAACCCAUCGAAGAAGACAAUGAUUCUACAAGACCCACAAGUAAAAUGGUCUUGUUUGGAGCCAAACUCAGGGUCCAUAUACCUCCAUUGCCACCCACCUCCACAAUCUCCCCUUCCGAGUCGCCAAGAUCUCCGGCUGAUUUUGGAAUCAAGACGAGGAACUCUGGAUUUGGGUCUGGAAAUACAGGAGUCCAGACGGUGAAAGAUUUCUCUCCUCGUCCCCUUUCCGUGAGUGAAAUGGAGCUUUCUGAGGAUUAUACUUGUGUAAUCUCCCACGGACCUAAUCCAAAAACCACUCAUAUUUUUGAUGACUGCGUCGUUGAAGAAACCUACCGUUGUUUAUCAGAAAAGUCUAUCAGCCCUGCAUCUGACAAUAAUUUUCUCAGCUUCUGCUACACAUGCAAGAAGAAUCUCGACCAGAAAGACGACAUUUACAUCUACAGAGGGGAGCAAGCUUUUUGCAGUAGGGAGUGCAGGUACCAAGAAAUGCUACUAGAUGGAAUGGAGAAUUAAGAAUCUGAUGAAGAUGGUGAUGGUGAUGAUGAUGAUCCAUAAAAUAAUUAUAUGAUCAGACGAACAAUGAGAUUUAUAUUGUUUUUCUCUUCUUUUUUUCAGGAUAAAAAGAUUGCCAGAUUAAUUUUUUGGCUCUCUUUUUUUGUAAUUUUGUUUUUUUUUUUUUUGGGAACCCUCUCAGAUGCAGAUAGUGAUAAGAGAGAGGAUGAGAUUGUAGAAUUGAUUUUUGUUUAAAUUAUGAUUAGUUUUUCUUAAUGAUAUAAUUAAAAAUAAUAAUUUGAGUAA